AUGGCUGCCCCUCCGGCCAAGGCCCGGACGGACUACGAUUACCUCGUAAAGCUUCUUCUCAUCGGCGAUAGCGGUAAGUGAUUCACUUCUGCCGGAUGUUUUCUGCUUCAAUCAUUUUUAUUUUUUUUUCCUCUCCCAGAAGAUUUUCUCGGUCCGGGUUUGCGAUGUGUUCUUGCUCAUUUCUAUGCCAUAUUUGGAAAUUGGGUCGAUGCCGAGAUCUCGCGGAUUAUGCUCCGUUUUUCUAGCUUCACGCCAGAUAGAAUCAGAGAAUGUCUGAUGUAGUCCCUCAUGGUAACUUCUCCGUGUUCUUGGAUAAUGGGGGCGGAUUCUAUCUGGCGUACUCCGUCUUAUGAUGUCGCCAUUAUCUGCUUUCCUUUCUGAUAAAAUGUCUGCUUAAAUAGAAAUUCGUUACCAUACUAUUUCCCCUGUAUCAUUCUAUGGUCGGAGGUUCUAGGAGAAUUAAUUAUUCUCUUGUGGAUUGAAGGGGUAAAUUCAAGGAUUCCAUCGAUCAAUUUAAUGCCACUCCGUUUCAGAUCAACUUUCACUCACCUUUCAUAUCUUGCUGUUAAAGGCCUUUGUAUAGCUAAACCAAGAUAGUUUAAUGUUUUAGUUAGUUUCCAAUCUAGGCAUCUAUGCACACCAAUCUUGUUAAGGGAGUACGCUAGAUGGAUUAUGUCAUUUUAAUCUCUCGAGUUUUUUUCUGGAUUAUCUUUCAAUGUGUGGAAAAUAUUUCAUUUCUUAUAUUUUCUUGUGACCCUAGUAUUUUUAUGCAUUGAUAACUUGUAGUAUUUCAUUGCAGACAUUCAUUUUUGUUACACCUUGCUUACACCAAAUGUCUUUCCUCUCUGGAAUAAAAAAGUUGUCCAACCCAUCAACUGUUCACUCGGUGCUUCCAUUGACUUGAUGUGAUAUUCGUUCGUUUUUUUUUCAUGAGACUAGUUUGAUCACUGAAAUUAGUUCGAGUUGAAAAUUUCACCUUCAUCGUGUUAGUGCCCAUCUUGAAGAAGAAACAAGCAACUGGUUCUUUGCUCUACAGGACGUGGAUGCUUUUCAUAUUUUUCGUUUGAAGUUUUUUGUUGUGAAUUGAAUAAACGGUAGUUGCUUGCCAAUAAUGUAUACGCCAAAACUUUCAAGUAUGUCUAGAUGCAUAUCAUUGUCUACAAAUUUCUCAUCCCAACCCCAUCAUAAGCGAACGGCUACUCCACAAUCAUACAAAUAUGAAAAAUAUAUAUGAAAAUUUAGAGUACUUAAAAGACAUGAGGACCACCGUGGGUGGAAGAAUCAUGGAUUAUGCUUGAAAUUGAUGUGAAGAAAAAAAAAAUCGCCUUAUGAUUCCGUCAUAGAGGCUGGAUGGUUUUUGUAAUUCUUGCUGUAAUCCAUGAUUGAGAUGUGGUGUCAUAUGAGUUUUUAUAAAAAUUGAGGUAGGGUAUGAUACUGUGUCAGGUUCAAAAUGGGUUCAGGUUUGGAAAUGUUUCGCUGAGACCGGGAAAUGGAAUUCCCCUUCCAACCUGUGUACCUCUUGCUGUAAGUCACGUGACGAGAGGGCCUAUGUACGGUAGUUGUCUUCCAAAUUUUCAGAAUUGGGCUUAGAUUUCUGAAGAUUAUGAGGUUGAGCUCUGGUGUCAUAUGGAUUUUUAUGAAAAUUGAGGUAGGGUAUGAUACUGUGUCAGAUUCAAAAUGGGUUUAGGUUUGGAUUUGCUGUGAACCUCAUCGCACAUUGAAAUAUCACAUAUGUCACAGCCUUGCCUAUGCUCGUGGAGGGAGCUGGGAGUGCUUGAUUUUGGAUAAGAUGUGGUCCACCUGUUGUCAGCACUGCUGAAAUGGAAAAAUUCUAAUGAAAGAAAUGAAAUUGACAAAGGAGGUAGAGGAGAAAUGGGACGAGAAUAAUGUGUGAAUGAUAAGGAGAGAAAAACGUUCAGGUUUUGACUAAUGCAUUUGUACCAAUCGAAGUAUUAGUAGCCACAGCCAUAGUCUGCAGCGAUUUAAGGAGACAGAAAUGACGGCAAUAGCACCAGAAUCGUUAUAACGGAUUGGUGGGCAGCUGCAUCGAUGUUGGGAACAAAGCUUUCUCAAGCUCUCGUCUUCCUCUUUUACUUUUGUCCUUUUUUUUUCUUCUCCUUUAUCUCGCAGUUUUGAUUAAUUUAUCCAUAAAUCCUACUGAAUGUGGGACAUUCUACGCCAACAAUUCAUAACUUUUCUUCUCUGUUUUCUAUUUCAUUUUAUGUUAAUAUGGGAAUCAGAGCUAAUUAGACGUAGUAAAUUUCAAUUUAUUUGUUCAUUUUGAUAGUUACCAUGCACCAUGUCGCCUAGGUUUCCUGGGCAUGUUCUCUGCAUUUUCCUUUCUUUUACUUUGCUUUUUUAUCUUAGUUUGAACAGUUGGAUAUUUGUUCUAUAUCUUCCGUACAGGUGGCUGCUUUCUCAUUUAUUUGAUUAUUUUCUGUUGCAAUGUGUUCAUCCAGCACAUUUACUGCGAACUGUUUAAAAAAUUCUAAAGGUGACGUAUUGCCACAGGGUUGAAUAAACUAUUUUGGAUUUGAAAGAGAGAAUGGCGUUUUAUUUUUCGUUAAUAUGCAUAUAGGUUCCUGCUCUCUCCCAUCCUAUUUUGAAUGCCUCAGAUUUAUUUUCUGGUUAUUGUGUUCUUGAUUUCUUUAUCAUUAUAUGGUUGCUGAUUAGUGACUAGGCAAAUAUAGAUAAAUUUAUUUUCUCACUAUGUUUGAAGACAUCGAGCAACUAUUGUUUCCAUUUUUUUCAGAGCUCUAACAGCCAGUUCUUUGUUUCAGGCGUGGGUAAAAGUUGCCUUCUUUUGCGUUUCUCCGAUGGAUCCUUCACCACCAGUUUCAUCACCACAAUCGGGUGUGUUUUCAUGCAUAAGUAUUUUGUUAUAGGUUUUCACUUAAUGUCUUGGCAUUAACUUGCUUAACUUGUCCACCGUUUAUACUAAAUUUUAAUGUCACCCACGUUUUUUUGCAGCAUCGAUUUCAAGAUAAGAACCAUCGAGUUGGAUGGGAAGAGGAUCAAACUGCAGAUUUGGGACACAGCUGGUCAGGAACGAUUUAGAACAAUCACAACAGGUUGUUUCACUUAAUCUUUUUUCCUUGUCCCUUCUUCUAUCUACUCUUUUCCAUCUUUUCUCCAUUACUCGUCACUGAUUAAUGCUGAAAUUUAGUAGGAUCUCGAGUCCGGGUACUUCAAACGACACUAGUCUUAUGAUCAUCCUUUCUAUGAGCUAUUCCUGGGGCAUUGGUUCAUAAUCUGAUGAGCCAGCUACCCAGUGUUUUGAAUGAUUGUUUGUCAGCCAACCGGCAGCCCUUUCCUUAGAUUGUCCGGUCCAUCCACCCAGUCCAAUCCUACCUUGGCUUGAAAGGCAUCUCAUUCUUUUUGUUGAUUCAUCUCUUCUUCUUCUUCUUCUUCUUCUCCUCUGCAGCUUACUACCGCGGAGCGAUGGGUAUUCUUCUGGUCUACGACGUCACCGACGAGUCUUCCUUCAACAGUAUCCACCUCCUCCCGUCUUCAGUCUCCUCUCUUGCUGUUUCCUCCAGCUGCCAUCUUGCUGAAGAAUCCUCCGGUUAUCUGCAGACAUCCGGAACUGGAUCAGGAACAUCGAGCAGCACGCCUCGGACAACGUCAACAAGAUAUUGGUCGGCAACAAAGCUGACAUGGACGAGAGCAAGAGGGUACCCUCCAAAUUUCUUUCCUUUUGAGGGAAUUUCUGAUUUUCCGGCCCAUUAUUUCUUUAUUUCUUUUUUUUUAAACUCAAAUCAAACCUCUCCAGGCCGUGCCGACCUCCAGGGGACAAGCACUUGCCGAUGAGUAUGGCAUCAAGUUCUUCGAGACUGUGAGAACCGAGCCCACCACUCUUCUAUCUGGCUCUUCGUUUCGCUCUUUCUCUCUCUCUCCCUCUAGAUUCUAAGAUUUAGCUUGACCUCUGCAGAGUGCAAAGACAAAUCUCAACGUGGAGCAGGUCUUCUUCUCGAUGGCAAGGGACGUAAAGCAGAGGCUCUCAGAAAACGACUCAAAGCCUGAGGUGGGUCAAAACCCACCCACUCACCCCCCCUCCCGUAUGAUUAUUGUUGAAUUAUGAAUUAUCUAAGAUCUAUGUAUUAAUAUAUAUUUUUAAAUAUUAUGCUGCAGGAUCGGACGAUCAAGAUUGGGAAGGCCGAUCAGGCAGGCGUAGAGGGUGGUGGGGCCCUCCAGAAGUCCACCUGCUGCAGUUAUUAA